AUGCCCUCUCCGGCUGAUUCGGGCCAUUCUGGAAGUACCAGAGCAAGCACCCGAGCUGGCAGUAUCAUCACACUUCCAGCCCAUGACCCUGAGGGUAACCAGACAGGCACGGUUAUUACCAAGAUUGAGAGUAUUCUUGGAUCCGUCCUGGAUGACCUUGUGAAAGGUGAGGUUUCGGUUUCUAUUCCAUACCGAAGCAGGUCAGCGAUCGCACGGUCUCGUUCAGGAUCGAAUCUAUUAAGAUUCCCUGGUCGAACUAGGUAUGAGGGCAAGAAAUUCGCGGCCAUGUUGCGCAUUUUGGAAUUGUCCCACGAGGCUCUGGUUUCCGGCACAAUUGUCACAAAGAGAAACAUUUACUACCAGAACACCGAACUCUUCCGGGAUCAGCGGGUUGUUGAUGGCCUUGUCGACGAUAUUGCAUUCACGCUGGGAGUCAGCCGUGACGCCCUGAAUAUUGGACUGGUCGCCGGGCCAAUCUUCCUCACAAUGCAAAACGGCUCCAUAAUCCCGUGUGGGCUCUCUCAUGACUGCGGCAACUUGAUACCUCCCACUCGAUCGAUUCACCGGAUUGACUUCGGUUCCACACGAUGGAUCUUGGUGAUUGAGAAGGAGGCAACAUUCCGGACCUUGGCUGCCUCUGAAUACUACAACAAGUCCUUGGCCGGACAAGGAAUACUGAUAACUGGCAAAGGAUUUCCGGAUUUGACAACGAGAUUAUUCCUUCAUACAAUCCAAACCAUUCGGCCGCAGUUGCCAAUAUACGGUCUAGUUGACUACGACCCCGACGGCAUUGCCAUAAUGCGAACCUACAAAUAUGGAAGUCAAGGCCUGGAGCACGAGGAUAGUUCCAUUGUUCCAAACCUGAUAUGGUUAGGAAUCCGCAGUGGUGAUCUAUUGCACCUUGGAGACCUUGUCACCGAGGAAAGCUCUCAGAGUGCCUGCAGCCAGAACAGUCUAACUCAGUCAAGUCAAGAGUCACUUGCCUUCUCAUCUAACGGGUCCCAAACCGGACAUGGACUCCCAAGACAGAAGCCUGGUCAAAGAGGGUCAGGGGGUGGUCUUCUGCCUCUCACAUCCCGGGACAGGAGGGUAGCAGUCAACAUCCUCAAGAGCGUUUGCAACGAUGAGAGCCUUAGUAUAGACGACAUGGAGCAGCAGCGGGAGCUGCAAUUGAUGCUUCUGCUCAACAUUAAGGCGGAAAUACAAGCGGUCGACCACUACGGAAAUAUCGCUGAUUGGCUUGAUCAGAGACUUGGGAUCUCUCAAAUUGCUGAAUAG